AGCUACACGCUGCAGCAGUCAGCUGAUAGAAACACAACUGAACAGGAGCCUCCGUCUCUUUCACUGUUUCAUUUUCAGCCGCGACCAUGAAGAAGAACAAAGGCAAAAUGAACAGUACUGCUGAGAAGGAGUUUGUGUUUGAGUUCAGGGUAGGGAAAAAUAACUGUGUCCUCAAAGUGCCUCUGCAGUUUCCUGUUCAAGAGAACGUCAGCGACCUUCAUGGACGCCUGAUGCUGCUACACAAAAUACCCUGCUACAUAGAAAAUGAGCUAAAGACCUCUCUUUCCAACUUCAUGGAGAGGGAGACCACCGUGGAUUACGACAGGGAGGCAGAGCUGGCCCUGCAAAGACUUACAACCGGCGAUGUAGAUGUCAACCAGCUCGCCACAGCCUGGGCCAGGUCUUAUGUGGAGACUACACUGGAGCACGCCCGGCCCGAAGAGCCCAGUUGGGAUGAGGACUUUGCUGGUGUUUACCAUGAGCUGAUCCACUCCCCUGCCUCAGACACCCUUCUCAACCUGGAGCACAACUACUUUGUUAGCAUCUCCGAGCUCAUCAGUGAGAGAGACAUGGAGAUUAAGAAGCUACAAGAGAGGCAAGCUGCUGAAAUGGACAAAGUGAUGCAUCAGUUGGGGAAUACUUUGAGCGACCAGGAUGUAAAUGCGGUUGCCUCUCAACACUUUGAUGCACAGCAGGUGUUGGAGAAUAAGUGGGCCAGUGAGCUGAAGCAAGUUACUGGCAUUCAGAAGCAUGAGUAUCAGCAAUGGGUCAUCAGUCUGCACCAAGACCUGCGGAAAUCCAACAACAGCAGCCAAAUCAAUGAGGAGAUUAAGGUUCAGUCCAGCCAGCUGUCGGAGUUGGCAGAUUCUGGGGCCAGGAUGUUUGAGGAGCAGCCUCAGCUGGAGGAGAGUUUCACCAUACACUUAGGAGCACAACUGAAGACGAUGCACAACCUGCGGCUGGUCCGGGCAGACGUGCUGGACUUGUGUAAGCACCGGCGGCACGGCAGCGGCGGAGAAAAGCUCCGGCGGCUGCAGACGGCCCUCUCGCUCUACUCCUCCUCCCUCUGUGGACUGGUGCUGCUGGUCGACAACAGGGUCAACUCCUACAGCGGCAUCAAGAGAGACUUUGCAACUGUGGCGAAGGAGUGUACAGACUUCCACUUCCCCUGUCUGGAGGCACAGCUGGACGAGGUGCAGCAGGUGGAGCUCUAUGCCAGAGCCCAGCGGAGCAGCAAGCAGAAAGAACAGCCUGAGAUUCCAAGAAAUGGAGGUGACGAUAGGAGCAAAAAUGUGGAAAGAAAUCCAUCUAACAUCUUACCAGGUGAGUUUUAUAUCUCGCGGCACUCCAACCUGUCCGAGGUCCAUGUUGUCUUCCACCUGUGUGUGGACGACAAUGUGCGUUCAGGGAACAUCACGGCCCGGGACCCGGCCAUCAUGGGCUUGAGAAACAUCCUGAAGGUGUGCUGCACACAUGACGUCACCACGGUGACCGUCCCUCUGCUGCUGGUCCACGACAUGUCAGAGGAGAUGACCAUACCUUGGUGUCUUAAGAGAGCCGAACUGGUGUUCAAAUGCGUCAAAGGCUUCAUGAUGGAAAUGGCCUCGUGGGAUGGAGGAAUAUCACGCACGGUCCAGUUUCUAGUGCCAAAGAGUAUUUCCGAGGAGAUGUUCUACCAGUUGAGCAAUAUGCUGCCUCAGAUCUUCCGAGUCUCCACCACCCUAACCCUCACCUCAAAGCACUGAAGAAUAGAGAUGCACCACAUAUCAUCCUCAAGGCAUUCUGACUAAACCCAGACUCAUUUCCUUUAACCGUUAGACAAAUGCUUUUAAGUUCAGUUUUUUUCUUCUUUAGGAACUGUACAUGAAAGAAGUGGGGAUUUGUUGGAAAAGUAACACAUAGAAUUGGGUUCAACAGGUGGCAUUAAAGCACUUACAGUAGAGGUGCGAAAAAGGAUUUAAAAUCAGAAGAGGCAUUUGUAUGCAAUUUGUGAGGCUUAUUUUUAUUUUCCUCUUUAUUUUUUGCAACUUCCAGAGCUACUCUCGCUGUAAAUAGUUCUUACUGAAAGAUGACUGGAUUCAGUGGCUUACCAACGCAGCUGUUGCAAUUAUCAUUUCAAGCCUCUAGGGUGUGGUUCUGGCGACAGAGUUUUAUGACGUCAGCCGCCAGUGCUACAAGUAUUCCAGUUUCCCUUUUUAAAGCUGCAGUUUGUAACUUUCCGCUUGUUUGAGCUACAACAUAGUGGAUAAUGUAGUGUUGCGUUGGUGAGGUAGUUUUAACUCGCUGGUACCGAGUGAAAAUGCCAUCGACGGAGCAGAUAAAGCAAAUGUGAAAAGCCAGUAUUGUUUACUAAAGUGAUGAAGGUGGAUGGAACUAGGUGGGACCUUACUCUAUUAGCCACCAUGCUAAAUGUGACUUUUUUGUGUGUUUUCACUACACAUUAGGUUAGGGCUGCUCCAUCAUGGCAAAAAUCAUAAUCACAAUUAUUUUGGUGAAUAUUGAGAUCAUGAUUAUUCAACACGAUUACUCAAUGAUUCCUGAAACAUCAUGCACUUAGUGGAUUUUCUUGAACUUUAAAUAUGACUCAACUAAAUCAACAAAUCCAAACAAUUGGGAACUCCUUAAUAUAUAUUUAGUCUAUAAAAUAAAGAAAUACAUUCAACCCCAAAUAGAUUUGUAGUAUACUGCCACAGCCUACUGAAAACUCUUUAACAUAAAUUUAAGAUUUUGGUAAACCAUAUUUCAACAUAUCGCAGUGAGUAACUUGUGCAAAAGCGCACCGCCAAAGAAAGGGUGUGCUGGUUUUAUAACACAAAACGAUCACAUCAUUGUGAAACCAUAUGCGGCCCAAUAACUGUUACCUUGAUCAAUUUGGUUUCAACAUCUUUGGAAGCCAAAAUCGUAAUAUUAAAAAAUACAAAUUUGAUUAAUCGCCAGUCCUAACAUUACCAAACAGAUAGAUGGAAUAACAGAUUUCUGCUUUACAUCAUGUUUUCUUCGGUUUAAUGGACAGUAUGAGUAUUCCUGUUGACAACACAUUUCAUCUGUUGAAUGUUAAAAAAUUAGCCUUGAUGUUCAGCCAUCGUAUGAGAUUCAGAAGUCAACCAAUGGGUAAUUUGCUUGAUAUUUGGGGGCUGAUUUUACCAGAGAGAAGUGACAUAAACUUGGCUCCUCUAGUCCUUAAGAUGAAUGGCGUUGCUGCUGAGAUGAGCAACGCGCAGGUGUUUUUAUGCUGCAUUGCAGUGACUUGUAGCGAGGAUCACUUUUCGUGUGUGUGUGUGUGUGUGUGUGUGUGUGUGUGUGUGUGUGUGUGUGUGUGUGUGUGUGUGUGUGUGUGUGUGUGUGUGUGUGUGUGUGUGUGUGUGUGUGUGUGUGUGUGUGUGUGUGUGUGUGUGUGUGUGUGUGUGUGUGUUUUCCCCCUCUACCUCUGUAACAGCAGAUGGCACUGUUCCUAAAGAUGUGAAAAAGGGUGACCACACGGGCACUUAUACACUCGAUCAAGAAAUGUUUGUCCACAUUCAUCAGAAAGCAAAGGAGACCUCUGUGUAAAAGCUCAGCCUCAGUGUUUUUUGUCUCUUUAAUGGUAACUGCUUGUCAAAUGUGUUGAACCCUUGCAUCUAAUCAGUUGUGUUUUCUGUAUAAUUACUGUAUGUGUUUACAUUUUUAUGUUUUGAAUUAAAA